CCUCAACGUGGUCCACGGAGAGAGAAGGACAUGGUGUCUCGCAGGUUCCUGGUCCGGCAGGCCCCCGCCGGCGAGGAGCACGCGGUCGAGUACGACACGGAGGACGGCCUCGACGUCCUCCGCUUCCAGAUCUUCUCGCUCACCUCCGUCCCGCCCGACCUCCAGAAGAUCGUGGUGGAGGCGGAUGGGUCCGUGGUGGACGACGGCACCGACUUGGAGUCCAUUUCCGAAGGUCUCCGCCUCGUGUCCAUCGACGAGGGGAACGACGCCGACGCCGCGGCGGCGGCAAGGGCGCAGGAGAAGUCCGACGAGGAGCUCGCGAGGAUGUUUCAGGCGGAAGAAGAGGCACUUCUACUACAGCAGUACAGCAUACAAAAUGACGGAGGAGAGAUGUUCAGAGAAAGAGUUGAGCCAUACCUGCGCCAGGUUCUGAAGUAUGAGGAUCCAAUGCGUCAGGAAGCAGCACUGAAAACUGUUCCAGUAGAUGAACUUAAGGAGAAGGCGCUGAUCUCACUGGCCAAGGAAGGGACCUUCAGUCCUUCGAAAAAUGAAGAGGAUCAUGCCUUUCUGUUGCAAUUGCUUUUCUGGUUUAAGCAAUCAUUCAGAUGGGUUAAUGCCGCACCUUGUGACAGCUGUGAUCGUGAGACAUCUAUGGUUGGAAUGGGCAACCCACUUCCCUCGGAGAUUGAAUUUGGUGCCUCACGUGUCGAGAUCUAUAGGUGCAACCAUUGUUCUAGCAUCACCCGUUUCCCAAGGUACAAUGAUCCAUAUAAGCUUAUACAAACUAGGAAAGGGCGUUGUGGAGAGUGGGCAAAUUGCUUCACAUUCUACUGUCGAGCUUUUGGAUAUGAAGCUCGUUUGAUUCUGGAUUUCACUGAUCAUGUGUGGACAGAAUGUUAUUCAAACUUGUAUGGGAGAUGGAUGCACCUAGAUCCAUGCGAAGGAGUCUAUGAUAAUCCAUUGUUGUAUGAGAAAGGGUGGAGCAAGAAGUUAGAUUAUGCCAUUGCUAUUUCAAAAGAUGGAGUACGCGAUGUAACAAAACGCUACACCAGAAAGUGGCACGAGGUUCUCUCUAGGCGAACAAUUACUUCAGAGGAUACAGUUUCAGCUGUUCUACUGAAUAUAACUGGGAAGUGUCGUAGUGGACUGUCAACUGAUGAACUCUCAGCCAUAGAAAACCGUGACAUUAAAGAGUCCGAGGAGCUUACCAAAGCUGCAUAUCUUGAAGUCAACAACAACAUAUCUUUACCUGGAAGGCAAAGUGGUUCUGUGGAAUGGAGAACAGCAAGGUUAGAAUUGGGCCAAGGAGACUCACUCAGUUGCUCAUCGUGUCCUGUUCGGAAAUGCGUGGAUGCUCAUGUUUCAAAAAUAUAUGAUGCUCUUUCAGCGGUUCUUUCUCAUUUUUGUGAUACAAACAUCCCUAAAGGAAGAAUUAUUGAAGUUUUUGACACACUGAGGAGCUUGAUGCAAAAUCUUAAAGAUGCCAACUUCAGAAGCAGGAGAGUUACAUUGGACCAAAAAUCACAACAACUUUUUGAGGAUAUACUUCCCUUUGCUGAAAGAUUGCUUUCUGCUAUUUCUUUGAAAAUGGAAUUAGGCACUGAUGGAGAUCGAUCUGUGGCUACAGAUGGAAAUCUAAUACACGCAUCCUUAGCAUUACCAGUAGCACUAGAUGCAGUUGAUGAGAUACUGAGUAACUAUAAGAACAAUAUCUUUUACACAAAAGGUCAUCAAUUCCCAAGAGGCAAUAGGCUCUGCUCAGGUUCAGUCCUUGCAAGUAGUGAGCAACUCCCAGCUGGAAUUGCAACAGCGGCAUUUGACGGAAUUCGCCUGUCCAAAUGGGAAGAACCUGACGGAGCCAAAGGAUGUUGGCUAAUAUAUAAAUUGGAUGAUGGCCAAACUUGCGAGUUGGAGUCAUAUGAUUUGAUGUCAGCUAAUGAUGUUCCAGGGAGGGAUCCAAUGGACUGGGUUCUCGAAGGGAGCGCAGAUGGAGGAUCUACCUGGAGCACUAUUGAUCCUCGGAGUUCUGUCAUGUUUGAAAGCCGUUUCUGUAGGAAAUCAUUUGCUGUUGACAAGAGAUACACGGCAAAUGCAUUUCGGUUUCGGUUUCUACGUGCAAGAGAAUCCAGUGGCAAUCCAAGGUUUCAAAUAGGAUCCAUUGACCUUUACGGGAAAAACACAUGACCUGUCACAGGAAGCGUGCUUAACUUGUGUUGAAACACAACAAAUGACAUUUAAACCUUUCAAAGCAAUCUGUUUCUAUCAGUUUUAAUUGUUGUUUCACUGAACCAAUGGCUUGUACGUACAAGCAAAAAACCCAGCAAAGUGGCAUUUAUUUACCUUA